AUGGCUUUGAAGAGCGGGUCCUUUGCGACCUUUCUAAUUGUCUGCCCAACAUGUUUCUUCCUGGGCAUAAUCUUCUCUCUAUUUCCUUACGAUUAUCCAAUCCUCUGGUCCACAAUCCCAACCCCAGAAUCGCACUAUGACUACCUAGAAGCGCAUCUCAAAUUCCUCCACGCCAGCCCACCUCUAAUCCCCCGCAUCUUGCACAUCGUGAUCUUCCUCGGUCUCGCCGGCCUAAUCACAAAGCUCUACAAACCCUCCGAAUCAAACAUGCUCUUCGAUGGCGCUUCGCUCGUUCUCUACAUGUGUGGUGUAACCGUUUACAUCGCGAACAUCGUUAAGGGUCUUCGUCUUGCGUCGGCCGGUCAAUACGGAAAUGCUCUUGCGAAUACCCCCGAGGAAAGAGAUCAGAUUCUUGGUCGCGAGGACUCGCUUAAGGUUCUCUCUGCUAGUAAUACCAUUCUUGCGCUUGUUUUGGUUGGUAUCUUGGUUUUGCAGGCUGGUCAGUGGUAUGCUGAGCGCAAGGAUGACCAGGAGGCGGAGCGUUUUGCUAAGGGGAAGAAGAGUGGUGAGGUUGAGAGUGAGGAGGUUGCUCCUGUGAAGGGGAAGAAUGGAUCGAAGAAGAAGAAUUAG